AUGGCUCCCACCGAGUCUCAGAAGCGCCUGGCGCUUGCGAUUAUUGACUUUUUAAACUCCAGCCUGAAGGAUGGCACUCUGACUGCGGAUGACGCUGAAUCCAUUGAGAUCGCUCAAUCGUGUAUUGCAGACACUUUCAAGGUCAACCCCUCCGAUGAGGCCGCCGUCAAGGACGCUCUUGGCGGACAAUCUCUGGCGAGCAUCUUCAGCGUCUACGAGAAGCUCCGUAAGAAGCCUUCGACAGAAUCUGCCAGUGCUGGAGCGCAGGCCAAGAGCACAGAGGCACAGCAGCCCAAGGCUGGUGCCCCCACGCCCGAAUCCGACAAGUUGAAAUCGGAGGGAAAUGCUGCCAUGGCCCGCAAGGAAUACAGUAAGGCGAUCGAUCUUUACACUCAGGCCCUGUCCAUCGCUCCCUCGAACCCGAUCUACCUCUCCAACCGUGCUGCUGCCUACUCUGCCUCCGGUCAACAUGAGAAAGCUGCGGAGGAUGCAGAACUCGCCACUGUUGUGGAUCCCAAGUACUCCAAGGCCUGGAGUCGUCUUGGUCUAGCGCGGUUCGAUAUGGCAGACUACAAGGGAGCAAAGGAAGCCUACGAAAAGGGUAUUGAGGCGGAAGGUAACGGAGGUAGCGAUGCGAUGAAGAGAGGUCUUGAAACCACCAAGCGGAAGAUCGAAGAGGCCAGCCGUGGUGACGAGCCUCCAGCCGAUGAUGUCGACGAUGCCGCUGGAGCAUCGCGCGGUGCUGGUGGAAUGCCUGAUCUUUCCUCUCUCGCCAGCAUGCUCGGUGGCGGAGGUGGCGGCGGCGGCGGUGGUAUGCCCGACCUUAGCUCCAUCAUGAGCAACCCCAUGUUCGCGAGCAUGGCCCAGAACUUGAUGAGCAACCCAGACACGCUGAACAACCUCAUGAACAACCCUCAGUUGAGGCAGAUGGCCGAGAACUUCGGCAGGGGCGGUGGAAUGCCGGACAUGUCUAGCUUGAUGAGCGACCCAAGCCUUGCGGAGAUGGCAAGGAACAUGAUGGGCGGUGCCGGGCGUGGAGGUCAGCAGUAA